UUUUGACCUUUCCCUCACUCCUCACUCAGUUUGUUACCCCUCUUUCUCUCUCUCUCUUUCUCUCUCUAAAAUUUCUCUGUCCUAAACUGUUUUCGUUUCAGUGUUUCACUCUCUCUUCUCUUCUCCCUUCUCUCUUUUUUUCAUUUUUUUUUCUCUCUUUCUCUUCGUUCUUCAUUCUUCAGUUACGUGACAAAACCCUAACAUUACACGCACUUCACUCUCCUCACUCUCGCCUAACGAACUUCUCCCAUUCGCCAUUGCCGCGGAAUUCGGUUUUCGGUUUCUGAGGGUUCGCCAUUGUUUCGGGGAUCUGCGAGUGUGGCUGUUUCCGGGAAGAAUUGAGAGAGGGAGAUUCGGUUUGGUUUCUCUCGUGUUUUCGAUUGUUUGGGGUUUUUUUUUUUUUUUGUGUUUUGUGAGGAACUGAAGGUCGGAAUAUAUGUCCUUCAAUCAAUCAAAGUCGGAGAAGAACGACGCGGUUUACCGACGAACCGGGCGAUCCUCUAGCUUCAAUCAGCAGAGAGGAAACUACGGCAAGGGUGGCGGCGGUGGCGGUGGCGGGACCGCGCCGUCGAUCAAUUCUGUCUCCUCUACCCGGAGUUUUAACAAGAAGUCUAAUAAUGCACAAGGUGGGCAAUCUAGGGUAAACCCCUCCCCAGGGAAUUCGACAGAGUCCAAUAUUGCAUCUGCUGCCCGGACCAUUAAUAAUGGUACCCAUGUACAGGCGCAAUUACAUGGAGCAUCGGAUGGGCCAGUUACAAAGUCAUCUGAAUCGCCAACUGCACAUAGGAGUGCUGGAAUUGUUUCCAAAGCUCCAACCUCGCUACUGCCCCCCUUGAUUUCUGAUCAUGCCCCUCCCACAAGCCCUGCUAAGGGAGAUGCAUCUAAGGCAUUCCCCUUUCAAUUUGGAUCCAUAGUUCCUGGCUUUGUUAAUGGGAUGGCAAUUCCUGCUCGUACAAGUUCGGCUCCUCCUAAUUUAGAUGAGCAGAAGCGUGAUCAGGCUCUUCAUGACUCUUAUAAGCCUGUUCCUUCCGUGCCAAUUCCUCCUGUUCCAAAGCAGCAGCAACCACCUAGGAAAGAUGCUGGUGUCACUGAGCAAUCUAAUGUCGGAGAGACUCAUAUAGGGGGGACUAAGGCCAAAAGGGAUCCUCAGGUGUCAGCUUUGACCCCAGCAAACCAGAUGCUGAAGCCCUCUGUUGUUCCUGUAACUGGAAUUUCAAUGUCAACACCAUAUCACCAAUCACAGGCUCCUUUACAGUUUGGUGGUGCUAAUCCUCAGAUUCAAUCUCAAGGUAUGUCAACGGCGCCCCACCAGAUGCCUAUACCAAUGCCUUUACCCAUUGGCAAUGCUACACAAGUGCAACAGCCAGUUUUUGUUCCAGGUCUUCAACCACAUCCGAUGCAUCCUCAGGGGAUUAUGCAUCAAGGCCAAAACAUGAGUUUUGCUCCUCAAAUGGGUCAUCAGCAAAUGGGUCAUCAUUUCAACAUGGGCAUUGGCAUCAACCCUCAAUAUCCCCCCCAGCAGCAAGGAGGAAAAUUUGCUGGUCCUCGAAAAACUACUCCGGUAAAGAUAACUCAUCCCGAGACCCAUGAAGAGCUGAGGCUUGAUAAAAGGACAGAUGCAUAUCCAGAUGGUGGGUCAUCCGGUGCUGCUAGGUCACAUCCUACCAUACCUUCUCAAUCCCAGCCUAUUAAAUCUUUUCCUGCUUCUCAUCCUGUGAACUAUUAUAAAUCCAGCUCGCAUAAUACCAAUUCUCUCUAUUAUCCACCUGGUUCUCUUCCAUUAACAAGUAGCAUGAUAACUCCUAAUUCUCAGCCACCAAUAUUUAAUUAUCCUGUGAACCAUGGUCCACAAGUUGCAAGUUUCAUGAAUUCAUCACCAGUUGGUUCCCCGCCUAUUAAUAAAGCUAGCACUUCAACAGGGGUUGCGUCUGUGACCAUUAAGCCAAGCAGUAUGCCUGCUGUUGUGGGCUCAUCAUUGUCCAAUUCUAGUAUUUCUGGUGUUCAAAAUGGAGAAUCCCCCAGUUCAACAUCAUUUUGUGAUGCUAACUCCUCUGUGCAGCAAAAAGCGUCUGAAAUUUGUUCAGAAAUCUCUGGACAACAGUCUAAAUUGUCUGGUGAUUCUGUCCCAGUUGUUUCCAAUAAUGAAGGCGGGAGAGAAUCUCUUAGUAGGUCCAACUCUUCGAAGGAUAAAAAACCAGGGAAAAAAGGUCAAUUAUCACAGCAUCAGGUUUCUGUACAAUCUCCCACAGCAGCUAAUAUUCCAUCUCAAGCUGUUGACUGUGGUAUAUCUGAUACCGGAGUUCCCGAAACUGUUGGAACUGAAACAAGCCACUCUCCGGCAAUUACCACUGAAGAUCUUCCUUUGUCUGAUUCAAUAUCUAGUAGCAUUUCUACUGCUGUUGAGUUGAAGACCAAUGGAUUUGCGGAGAUCUCUGCUUGUGUUUCAGGUGAAGGAUAUGGUGCACAAUCUGCUGACAGAGUGUACAAUCAUAAGCCUGAUAAUGAUUUAGCUGAAGGAAAUAUUGGCACAACAGAAAAGCAUUUUGCUGUUCUUCCAGAAACAACGUCAAAGCAUGUUAAGGAUGCCUCAGAGAAUUCUGGUGGUGAGUUAGUUACCAAGGAUAGACUGAUUUUAGAACCGAAUAAGGGGAAACCUACAUCUAAAGGGAAGAAGAAAAGAAGAGAGAUACUUCAGAAAGCAGAUGCUGCUGGGUCGACAUCUGAUCUUUAUAAUGCAUACAAGGGACCUGAAGAAAAGAAAGAAGCUGUCUUAAGUUCUGAGAGCACAGAAAGUGCUUCUACUUCUCAAAGUUUGAAGCAGUUGCCUAAAGAUGCUGCUCAGUCAGAUUCUUUAGCAAGUGAGAAAUGUGGUCACAGUAAAGCUGAACUUGAUGACUGGGAGGAUGCUGCUGACAUGUCUACCCCCAAACUGGAGGUUCAUGACAAAUCUCAACAAGUUGGUGAUGGAAGUGGAAGUACAGCAAGGAAGUACUCACGUGAUUUCCUUCUAAAAUUUGCAGAGCAAUGCACUGAUCUUCCUGAAGGUUUUGAAAUCACUUCAGACAUCGCUGAAGUUUUGAUGGGUGCCAAUAUUGGUGGUUCUCAUGGUUAUGAGCGUGAUUCACAUCCUGGUCCUGGAAGAAUUGUAGAUAGACAAGGUGGGAUGUCUCGGAUGGAUCGCCGCGGGGAUGUUAUAAUGGAGGAUGACAGAUGGAAUAAAGUUUCUGGUGGUUUUCGUUCUGGACGAGGCUUGGAUGGCACUGGAGGCAAUGGGGGAUUUCGAUCUGGCCAAGGAGGCAAUUUUGGUGUUUUAAGGAACCCUCGUGCACAGACACCACUACAGUAUGCUGGAGGGAUCCUGUCUGGGCCAAUGCAAUCUGUGGGAAGUCAGGGUGGAAUGCAAAGAAAUAGCCCUGAUGGGGAGAGGUGGCAGCGUUCUCCUGGCUUUCAGCAGAGGGGUUUAAUUCCUUCUCCUACCCAAACUCCUUUACAGAUGAUGCACAAAGCUGAAAAGAAGUAUGAAGUGGGUAAAGCAUCAGAUGUGGAAGAGGUAAAACAGAGGCAGUUGAAAGCCAUCCUGAACAAACUGACUCCUCAGAAUUUUGAUAGACUUUUUGAACAGGUGAAAGCAGUUAAUAUUGACAAUGCAGUCACCCUCACUGGUGUCAUCUCACAAAUAUUUGAGAAGGCUCUGAUGGAACCUACCUUUUGUGAAAUGUAUGCUAACUUCUGUUUUCAUCUGGCUUCUGAGUUGCCUGAUUUCAGUGAGGACAAUGAAAAGAUAACUUUUAAAAGGUUAUUAUUAAACAAGUGCCAGGAAGAAUUUGAGAGGGGUGAAAGAGAGCAAGAAGAAGCAAAUAAGGCUGAUGAGGGUGAGGUUAAGCAGUCUGCUGAGGAAAGAGAAGAAAGAAGAACAAAGGCAAGAAGACGCAUGUUGGGAAACAUCAGAUUAAUUGGAGAAUUGUAUAAGAAGAAAAUGUUGACAGAGAGGAUAAUGCAUGAGUGUAUCAAGAAGUUACUGGGUCAGUAUCAGGAUCCAGAUGAGGAAGACAUUGAAGCUUUGUGCAAGCUAAUGAGUACUAUCGGGGAGAUGAUUGACCAUCCCAAAGCCAAGGAACAUAUGGAUGCAUAUUUUGAAAGGAUGAAACUAUUAUCAAACAAUAUGAAUUUAUCUUCUAGGGUGAGGUUCAUGUUGAAGGAUUCCAUUGAUUUAAGAAAGAAUAAAUGGCAGCAAAGGAGGAAAGUAGAAGGUCCAAAGAAGAUUGAAGAGGUACACAGGGAUGCUGCCCAGGAGAAGCAGGCCCAAGCUGGUAGGCCAGGUCGUGGUCUUGGCAACAAUCAAUCAGCAAGAAGGAAUCCGAUGGAUUUUGGUCCAAGAGGACCAUCUAUGCUGUCAUCUCCUAAUCAAAUGGGUGGAAUGCGUGGUCUUCCUACUCAAGCUCGUGGGUACGGUUCUCAGGAUGCUCGUUUUGAGGAACGACAAUCUUUUGAGGCUAGGACCUUGUCAGUUCCUUUGCCACAAAGACCCUUGGGAGAUGAUUCUAUAACCUUGGUUCCCCAAGGUGGUCUUGCUAGGGGAAUGUCUACUAGAGGAUCAACAGCAAUUUCCAAUUCGCCAAUUUCUGAUCCUGUCCCUGGAGACCCUCAUAGAAUGACUGUUGGUCCUAAUGGUCACAGUAAUUUACCAGAGCGUGCACCAUAUGUUAAUGAUAGGUCUUCAGGUCCAUCUGCUUAUGAUCAAUCAAGUGCUCCAGAGCGUAAUAUAAACCAUGGAAACAGAGACUUGAGGAGUGCUGAUCGGAAUCAUGACAGACUUGUUGUAACAUCAUCUACUGCUCAAUUGCAAAGUUCAGUAGUCUCUCAGAAUGUUUCUUCAGAGAAGAUUUGGCCAGAAGAGCGUCUGAGGGACAUGUCCUUGUCAGCAAUCAGAGAAUACUACAGUGCUAGAGAUGAGAACGAACUUGCUAUGUGUGUCAAAGAUUUGAACUCUCCAAGCUUCCACCCUUCCAUGGUUUCUCUCUGGGUAACAGAUUCAUUUGAGAGAAAGGACACAGAGAGAGAUCUUUUGGCGAAACUGCUUGUCAACCUAGUGAAAUCUCAGGAUGGCUCCUUGAGUCAAUCCCAGAUCAUCAAAGGGUUUGAAUCUGUUCUGAGUACAUUGGAGGAUGCUGUUAAUGAUGCUCCUAGAGCACCAGAGUUUCUCGGCCGAAUUUUUGCCAAAGCCAUUACUGAGAGUGUAGUUACUUUGAGUGAGAUUGGUGGAUUAAUACAUGAUGGUGGAGAGGAGCCAGGCAGUCUCUUAGAAGUUGGACUUGCAGCAGAUGUUCUUGGAAGCACGUUGGAGGCAAUUCAAUCUGAGAAGGGGGAUGCGUUUCUGAAAGAGAUCCGUUCAAACUCUAACUUGCGUUUGGAAACUUUCCGGCCACCUAAUUCCAAAUCAUCAAGGAAGUUGGAAAAAUUUAUUUAGAAGGUAGUGAUGCUCAUUGUAAGUUUUUUUUUGUGUAGAGGGCAAAAAUUAUCUGGCUAGUGCUUUUUUGGGGGUACUCACUUUGCAGAGGAUGGUUUUCUCCGUGAGAUGGGUUGGUAGAGUUUUUUCUUUUCUAUAUAUGGGAUUUUCGUUGUCUUGAUAUUGUUUUUCCAACAUCUUCACUGGAAUUGUAAAAGGUUCAAUUGAGCAUCAGAAAUUUUAGGCGUAGUUAUUAUGCCUGCUUGAUGACCUUUACAUAUUUCUUUGUAGAUAGAUAUAAAGAGGUUCAAUGAGCAUCAGAACAUUAUAUUCA